ACCACCUUCUCUAUUAACCAAAAAAGAAACACGAAGAUGAGACCCGUUAGCAGCUCUAACUUAAUGAAAACAGGAGGAAAAGCCUCAUUGUCACCACCAGCAAUGGCGCCACCACGCUCUCCAUGGCACUCUCCUGUGCCCUACCUCUUUGGAGGGCUAGCAGCGAUGCUGGGUCUCAUUGCUUUUGCUCUCUUGAUCUUAGCUUGCUCCUACUGGCGUCUGUCUGGUCGUUUGGACAACAACAGUGAAGGAGAUGCCGAAGGAGAUGUUGAAAGUGGUGAGAAAGAUCAGGGUGAUUCUAACAAGCAGGUGAAGGUUUACGAGGAGAAGAUCUUGGUGAUAAUGGCUGGUGAGGAGAAGCCCACGUUCUUGGCUACCCCUAUGUGCACUAAAGCUUCCUCUUUCGGCGAUAAAAAUGGAAAUGUUGAGGACAAGGAAGGAUCGGAGAAAGCUGAAAGUGGUGAGAAAGUGAAAGAAGAGAUUGGUGAUGAUCAUGAACAAUUGCCAACAGUAACAGAAAACUCUGAGAACCACGAGAGCCAACAAAUCCAAUAUCAAAACCAAAACCAGUGAGCACAGCUCAUAGCUCAUAGAUGCUUUCACUUUAUUUUGCUUUCCAUUUUGACCUCUCUUUGCAGAGAGUGAGAGAAUUUUCUCUGUUUUGAUUUCUUCCUUUCUUCUAUCUUUUUGGUUUGAUGUUUUUGGGGUUUUGCCUUCUCAAAUCCUGAGAAGUUAAUGUUCCAAUUCCGAUAGUCGGGAAAAUGUAAAUUUUGCUGAGAAGAUAAAUUAGACGCAGAGAGCGCUUUCUUCCCAAA